CGUGACGUCUCUGUAUACCCUGUGUCCGUGUUUUUAGCUACGUUGUGUUAUAUUGAAUUUCUAGAAAACAUACGAUUUUUAUAACAAAAUAGUAUUAAAAAUAUAGAAUUAAGUAAAUGAUAAUAAUUGUUCUCAUAAAUGUGUAUUAACAAAAAUAAAUAAAUAGAAAAGAAUCUAUAGUGAAAUAAUUGGGGAAUCCCUAUAAAGAAACUUUGCACAACAAAUAAAAAUAAAAACAAAAAGUUAUAAAACAGGAAGUAAAUUGUGAAAGUAUCUAUAUAUUACAACAAAAAUAAAAGAAUAAAGCAUAAUGUUAAAUGAUCUCAUUCAAUAACUCCAACAGACAACAGCAACAAAACAGUUUUAACUUAAAAAAAUAAUUCACAAAUUCAUCUUCCAAACAAAAUCUAAACAUCAUAACAAAACAUUUAAAGGCAAAUAAAUUUACAAUACAAUCUUCAAUAAAUCAAGAAAACUAACCAGAAACGCUGUAAAAUGUCAUGGAUGAGUUUUGGAAUGCUUGCAUCUGGCUAUGCCUUACAACGUUUAUUGGGCGCUGAUGCUCCGCCUAAUAAGGUAUUGGAAAUAAAAAGUGAAUCUCUGGGCAUGCUACAGGUACUAGCACGUGAUGAGGCCAUGGUUAUGUAUGCACCACCUUUUAAUUCAAAUGAUAAGAAAUGUUAUGAAAUAGUUUUACAACGUCAUCAUACGGAUUCGAAUACUACUUCGUUUAGUUUAUUUCGUUCACCCUCACAACAAGAGACUGAAGAUAAAUUUAAUUGCUUCUUGCAUCGUUUGCCUCUAUUCGUUAGCAUAGUCAAAGAGUUCUAUAACGUUAAUGGUUUACAAAAACUAAGCGAUACUUUAUCAGAAAAUCCUUCUUGGUCUAUAACACAUUUAGUGGCCUACUUUAAUCUUGUCGACUAUAUUAGCAAUCCAAAAGUUUUACAAUUUAUAGAUUAUGCCGAUCAUGUUAACUAUAUGUCACCGUUUCAGCUUGCCAUUAAGUGCGGAAAUAUUGAAAUGGUCAAGGCUCUGUUGCCACUUUGUAAAAUGGAACAUUUAGACAAUAACAGUAAUUCAGUGUUUCACUAUGCUGCCAGUACUAAUAAAGAAAUAUUAAAUCUUCUUAUUGAUAAAAGUACAGUUAAUUUAAAUCAUUGUAAUUCAGAUGGUUAUACUCCCUUACAUUUAGCUUGUCUCUCCGAUAAACCGGAGUGUGUUAAGACACUCCUUAUAGCCGGUGCAGAUGUUAAUAUUGAGGCUAAAAAUAUAAGUAAACUUUACAAGACAACGACACCAACCUCAGUUGCUGAAUUUCUUAAACAGAAUAAUGCAAAUAAACUGUACACUCAGGAUAUGAAAUUUGGCGGUACUCCUUUGCAUUGGUGUUCUUCGCGUGAAACUCUAAAUGCUCUCAUAAUGCAGGGCUGUAAUGUUAAUGCUACAAAUUUUGAUGGUCGUACGGCCUUACACGUUAUGGUGGCACGUAAUCGUUUCGAAUGUGUUGUCACUCUAAUAGCACAUGAUGCUGAUGUUGAUGUGGUCGAUAAGGAUGGUAAUACCCCAUUACACAUAGCAAUUGAAAAGAAAUUGGUAUCGAUAGUGCAGUGUUUGGUGGUAUUUGGUUGCGACAUAAAUAUGAAAAAUAAAAAUGGUCAAACUCCACGUCAUAUGGUGGGUAAUGAUGCUAAUGGCAGCAAAGAAGAUGAAAUACUAUAUAUUUUACAUUCUGUUGGAGCGAGACGUUGCUCUGCUGAUAAAACCAAAUGUCCUCCCGGUUGCAAUGCCAAGGGUAACUAUAAUGGCAUACCUCCAGAAGCGCCAGAGGCUCCAGAAACUCGUGAACAUAUAGAAAAUAUGUUGGCAUCUACUAGUCGCCAGACAGCUAUGGGUUUUCUCAAUUCAGCUGCUAAUAGUAUGCUAAAUGAAAUGAAGGAAAAAGAACCUCCAGUUGUGGUCAACACUGAAAAAGUAGAGAAAGGUCAGAGUAUAAUGGAUGCUCUAUUGGGAAUGUUUACUACCAAAGUUAAUGCUGAAUCUAAAAGAGAGUCUCCCACUAAUAGUGAGGCUAGCUUAAAUUCCAUUGAAGCUGAAGAUGCAGUAGCCUCUAAAGCAGCUUCCGAUCCUGCUAUGUCUCCCUCACUCUCGAAUCCUUCUUUAAACUCGGGCUCGUCACAAAAAGGUGAUAAACCCUAUGGCCGCGGACGUUUGCUUUGCUUAGAUGGCGGUGGUAUACGCGGUUUACUUUUAGUGCAAAUGCUUUUAGAAAUCGAAAAACUCUCCCAAACACCCAUUGUUCAUAUGUUUGAUUGGAUAGCCGGUACCAGUACAGGUGGUAUACUGGCAUUAGGUCUGGGCUGUGGUAAGACAAUGCGACAAUGCAUGGGUCUCUAUUUACGCAUGAAAGAGCAAUGUUUCGUUGGUUCACGUCCAUAUCCCAGUGAUACCUUUGAGGCUAUACUCAAAGAUAAUUUGGGUGAAUUUACCGUUAUGACCGAUAUUAAACAUCCUAAAGUAAUGGUGACCGGUGUUAUGGCCGAUCGUAAACCCGUGGAUUUACAUUUAUUCCGUAAUUAUACAAGUGCUAGUGAUAUUUUGGGUAUUAUUACGCCGAUAACCAAUCGUCGUGUUCCACCACCCGAUCCCAAAGACCAGCUAGUUUGGCGUGCAGCCCGCGCCACUGGUGCAGCUCCUUCCUAUUUCAGAGCCUUUGGCCGAUUUUUAGAUGGCGGCUUAAUUGCCAAUAAUCCAACUUUAGAUGCCAUGACAGAAAUUCAUGAAUAUAAUAUGGCUUUACGUAGCGUAGGACGUGAGAGUGAAGCUGUACCCAUUUCUGUUGUAGUUUCCUUGGGUACUGGACAAAUUCCUGUUACCGAACUAAAAGAUAUUGAUGUUUUUCGCCCUGAAAGUAUCUGGGAUACAGCUAAAUUGGCUUAUGGCAUCUCAACAAUUGGUAAUUUGCUUGUUGAUCAAGCAACAGCUUCAGAUGGUAGAGUUGUUGAUCGCGCUCGUGCUUGGUGUAGUACAAUUGGCAUUCCUUAUUAUAGAUUUAAUCCACAACUUUCCGAAGAUAUUGCGAUGGAUGAAAAGAACGAUCAAAAAUUAAUAAAUAUGUUAUGGUGUGCCAAAGCUUAUAUGUAUGCAAAUCGCAACAAAGUCAUAGAAAUGGUUAAUUUCUUAAAAUAGCAUAUAAGACGAAUUUAGACCGCCAAUAUAGAAAAGUUAAAGAAAAAGAAAUAUUUCAACAUAAAAUUGAUAAUUUAUUGGCCACUUUUCUCAAAAUAUUAUUAUUGGCACAUUUACUUAUACUUACAUUCAAAUACCUACUAGGUUAAUUCUUUAAAUAUUGGUGUUAAAAAAACAAACAAAAUUUCCGGGCGGUCUAAAUUAUUUAAAUUCCUUAUUUUAUUAUUGAAUUAUUGUUUUUAUUAUUUCCAUCCAAUUACCUACAUACUACGUUUUUUACACAUUCGCAUAUGAUAUUUAAACAAUAUUAAAUUCAAUGAUUAUAUACUAUAAUGUAAUUUGGUUAUAAAUAUAUUUAUUAAUUUAUAUAAGUCGAUUCGAUUAUAAUAAAAAAGUUUAACCUUGAA